ACACCGCGAUUCUUACCCGUUUGGAUUGUUGACGAAACGAAAAUGUCCUGAAUGGGAGGCGUUUUACCCGAUUCUGUAUAGCUUUCCUGUAUGGUUUGGCGCAAAUGCGAAGUUUUUUGUAUAAAAGCAGCCCGCCAUUUCCCAAAAAUUGUGGAUGGAUUCAUUUUAAAAACCCUCUCUUUCUCCCAAUUCUUUGAAAUUUCAAAAGACCUUUGCUUGUUUUUUCUAUUUCAAACUAAUCUUCUAGAUAUCCAAUCCGAAAUGCUUCCAGCCGGUGUUAUUCUUGUCUUCGUCCUCGUUGGUCUCGUUGGUCUUACCAUCUUCAUCAUCCAAGUUCCCCUUUUUGAAUAUAAGAAAAAACCAGCUCUUGUUUACCGAUUUGUCCCUCAUCUUUUGUUUGCCGGCUGUUGUUUUUGUUGCAUUUGUUUUGUCUUUCUACCCACCAUUCUACUAUUGCCCAUUGACAACCCCUGACUGGCUUUAUCCGUAUUUGGAGAAUAUGGAAGAUGUUUUGUCGUAUUACUGAUGAUAAUUUUUGAGUAUGGAGCAUCUGUUUACUUUUUAAUUUAAUCACUUAUACCAUUUAGUU